AUGGGUCUCUUUGAUGAAGAACGCCUCUGGCAAGUUGCCUUCUGGACUCCAGUCGCUUUUAUAUCUUAUGUCAUCUUCACAGCCGUAUACAACCUUACUUUGCACCCCCUCGCCAAAUUUCCAGGACCACUAUUAUGGCGCAUCUCACCCGUGCCAUCCAUUAUCUCCCUGCUACGUGGUCGCAUUUCCUUCGACUACAAGGUGCUACAUGAUCGCUAUGGCCCAGUCGUCCGUGUCAUGCCUAAUGAGCUCUCUUUCAACACAGCAAGAGCCUGGGACGAUAUCUACGGCCACAGAGUGGGACUUGCCAACAUGGACAAGGACCCUAUUCACGUAGGUGCGGUAGAAGCAAUACCCGGCGCGACUAAUCUGACCAUGGCUCCGGAUAUCCAUCAUGCCCGCCAGAGGAGAGCCUUGGCCCACGCAUUUUCGAAACAAGCACUUUUGGAGCAAGAGCCUAUCUUGAGGGGCUACGUUGAUCUGUUUGUGCGAAAGCUGCGAGAGAUGGCGCAUAGAGGCGAGGCGGCGAAUAUGGUGUCUUGGUUCAAUUUCUGCACAUUCGAUAUUAUCGGUGACCUGAGCUUUGGCGAGCCUUUUGGGUGUUUGAGUGAAGGCGAAGGCGGCGAGUCCGCAAGCUGGGUUGUCCUGAUCUACGAAGCCAUCAAAUCUGGUGCCAUCGAGCAAGCGACCAGGAGGUUCGCUCCGCCCGGUUCCUUGACACAGAGGUUCCUCAUGUGGUGCAUCCCGACCGUCGUCCGCGAGCGCCGCUUCCGACAUCUACGCAACUCGACUGAGAAAACAGUCAAAAGGUUAAGUACCAAGACCGAGCAUCGCGACUUUAUCUGGUACAUCCUCAAGCAGCGCGAGAAGAAGAAUGAAGUCUCCGACGAUGAAGUCAUUAUGAACGCUGCACUUUUUAUUGUAGCAGGCAGCGAAACUACAGCUACUGAACUGUGCGGACUGACGAACUACCUGCUUCGCAACCCUGAGAUUUUCAAGAAACUGAAGGACGAGCUGCGCGGAGCUUGCAAGACGGAGGCAGACAUCAAUAUGGAUGUGCUAGGCUCGUUGCCGUACAUGAACGCCUGCAUCGAGGAAGGCUUACGCAUCUUCCCACCCGUACCCAUCGGCCUCCUGCGCACUGUACCCAAGGGCGGCUCCUUGAUCGACGGACACGCUGUUCCCGAGCGGACAAGCGUCUGUGUCUCCUCUUGGGGUGCCGCACAUUCCGCCUCCAAUUUUGUAAACCCCGAUUCCUUCAUCCCUGAACGGUUCCUUGAUACGCCAGAGUCCAAGACAAGGUUCAGCGGCGACGUAAAGAAAGCUGCGCAGCCCUUCUCAACAGGGCCACGAGGAUGCAUUGGGAGGAAUCUGACUUAUGUUGAAUUAAGGCUGAUAUUAGGAGCGCUGCUGUGGAACUUCGAUCUCGAAUUUGCAGAUGGAGCGCCGCUCUGGAAUCCUAAAGAUGAGUUCAAGGGGCUGCGAGCGUUCAAUACUUGGGAGAAAAGUCCGCUGAUGGUUAAAUUGACUGAUAUUAGGAAGACACCUUCCUGAAAGGAUAACGGGUGAGGAUACGUAAGUGGACUGUAAAUU